GCCCACCUCCGUGGCCGAAUUCAAAACUGGGAAUUGAAAGACCCUACCACAGGCCGCGCUACUCCCGUUGCCUCCGCCACCCGCCACCAGACAGUUACUGACAUCGUAAGAGGUUAGGUAGAAGCAAAAUGGGAAGAAAAGCAGGUAAGUACAAGAAGAAAGAGAAUAAUGACUCGAAGAAAAAGACAACGUAUCACGAUGAGGACAAUGAUGAUAUGAUGAAUGAUGAAAUUGAUGCUUUUCACAAACAGAGAGAUAUAGUUCCACUAGAUUUAGAUGAAGAUGCAGGGGAGUCUGAUGCUGAUUUUGAGCAUCCAGUUCUUGACUUUGAGGAUGAAAAAUAUGAUAUGGAUGAUAAUGAGGAUGACAACGAUGAUGACAUUGAAGACGACUCUCAACUUACGGGCUUUGCUGCAAAACUUCUGAGGCAACAGAAAUAUUUACGAGCUAAGACUGGUGGGGUUGAGGAGGAAAUGGAUGAUGAUGCUGAAGAGGAAGAAGAAAAAGAAAGGGCUGUUUGGGGCAGAGCAAAGAGUACUUUUUACAAUGCUGAGAACAUUGACUAUGAGAUACAAUCAAGUGAUGAGGAGCUACCUGCUGAAGAGGAGGAAGAGGUUUUGAGAUUGCAGAAGGAAAAGGCAAAAUCUUUGACAGAAGAAGAUUUUGGUCUUGAGGAUGUCACCGACAAUGAGGGUGACAAGGAACCCACAUUCGAGGAAAUUUUGGUCCAUGGAAAACCUGCAUUUAAACCUUAUGCAAGCAAAGAAGGUAAAGAAGAUAAUGCAACUGCCUAUGAGGAAGUGAAGAAAGACAUAAAUGCAUUGACCAGGGAAGAGCAAAUGGAUGUGCUGAAUAGUUCUGCACCAGAGUUAGUUGGUUUACUGUCAGAACUUGAUGAUGCACUUGGGCAGCUUGAAAACAAGGUGAAUCCACUCUUAAGCAAGAUCAGAGAUGUAAAGAAUGCAAUCAAAGGAGGGAUGCAUUAUAUGGAGAUCAAACAGCAACUUUUACUCUCCUAUUGCCAGGCAAUUACGUUCUAUCUUCUUCUCAAGUCAGAAGGGCAGCCUGUUCGUGAUCAUCCUGUAAUUUCUAGGCUUGUGGAGAUCAAGAAUUUAUUGGACAAGAUGAAGGAACUUGAUGACAAUCUUCCUCCUGAGCUUGAGGAUAUUCUGGACGAGAAUGAAUCUGCUCUGAGAGUGGAGAAGCUGGUUCAAGAGAAUGUUCCAGCAAACUCUGUAUCUUGUUCGGAGGUUCACAAGCCCGCUGCUGUCCCUGUUGAGACAAUAGAGAAACCAGGGGCUCAUGAAGGAGCUUCUUUAGUUGAAGAGGAUUCUUUCAAGGAGUACAAGGUGACGAAAUCAAAAUCCAGGCAUCAGGAUGAUCAAGUUGGUAAGCAGAGCAUGGAGAUGUUAAAAGUAAGAGCUGCCCUUGAGGAGAAAUUGAAGCAGAAGGGCAUCUUUAGUUCUAUAACAAACAAGCAUUAUAGAGAUAAAAAGCGCUCCCUACCUGUUAAUGGACAACUUGAGACAUUAGAGGACUUUGAUGAUGAUGCUAUUGAGUUAGAAAAGGUCAAUCAUCGAACAGAUCUCAGGAAUGGGAGUCUUUUGCAUCCACUUAAACUCUCCAAGCUUGUGGCUCCUCAGGCAAAUAAGAUAAAGGUUGUUUCUGGUGACGAUGAUUUACCAAAAAGAGAUGACAUAGGAGAGAGGCGAAGAAAGCAUGAACUUAGAGUUUUGGCUGGGGCUGGAAUAAGAACUGUUGAUGAUGUGGAUGAUGAAUCUGGAACUCUUGUGAAUGAGGGAGUUCCAGAAGUUGAUUUGGAUGGUGAGACCGAGUCAGAUUUGGAAUUUUACAAGCAGGCAGAACUGGAACAUACUGCAAAGCUUGCAGCAAAGGCGGAGAUGCAUACUAGAUCCACAAAACUCACACCUUUGCCAGAAACGCUUGUAGAUGGGAAGCGCCAAAUUUCUUAUCAGGUCACAAUUUCUCAUUUUACCUGUGUUUAUGGGUUUAUAUUGUGUUUAACUGUUAAAAGUAUUUGUGCUUGCAAUUAUCAGAUGGAGAAGAACAGAGGGUUAACUCGUGCUCGGAAGAAGCUAACCAAAAAUCCAAGAAAGAAGUACAAGUUGAAGCACCAAAAAGCAGUGGUGCGUAGGAAGGGACAAGUGCGAGAUAUCAGGAAGCCAACUGGUACUUAUGGUGGGGAAGCCUCGGGUAUUAAUGCAGCAAUCAGCCGCAGCAUUAGGUUUAAGAGCUAGCCAUUGCGGUGCAGCAUUUGAGUAUUUUUGGAAAUAUGAUGUUGUUUUAUAUAUAUGUUUUUGCAGUAAUUAUCAUGUUGAAGAGGGAAUUUAGGUUGAGGGAAGUUCAUGUCCGCUGUCUAUUUUUAAGUAGACAUACAAUUUUUGUGAUUGUGACAAAAGAGUUUUGGAGUUUUCAAUUAGAUCUUACCUUCAUGCAUUCAUGGUCCACUAAGUGGUAC